AUGAGAAUACUUUUACUACUGGCUGCCUCAGCCAUACUGUCACACGCCCAAAAUGACUGCUCAUGGGGGGCAUGCUACCCACCCACAGAUGACUUGCUCCUUGGCAGGGCUCACCAACUUCAGGCUUCAUCUACCUGUGGCCUCACUGGCUCAGAGGUCUUCUGUACCCCGUACCAACAGAGGAAGAUGAAAUGUUGUCCGUGUGACUCCAAGAACCCAAACAGUCAGCUGGCCCACACUGUCCAGGAUGUUGUGUCCACCUCAGGGCCAGACAGAUGGUGGCAGUCUAAGAAAGAGACGAGUCCAGUUACUCUUCAGCUCAACCUCAACAAUCUGUUCCAGCUUGACAAUCUGAUGCUCAGCUUCAAGGGUCCUCGUCCCAGUGCCUUGGUCAUAGAGAGGACACUGGACAACGGCAAAACAUGGCAGCCCACCCUCUACAUGGCAACAAACUGUCAAAAAGCAUUUCCCAGCGUACCCACAAGAGUUCCUCUUGCCAUGGACCAGACAUACUGCUACACACUGCCCCCUACAGACACAAAUCCAUAUAAAGAUCACACAAUUGAGUACAGUCCUUUACGUCAAUACGCUUACGUCGCUGCUCCCAAAAGCCAAAAGAUUGAAGAUGUGUCUGGGUUAACAGGGCUGAGGGUGAGAUUCACAGAGCUGGGUGAUGUGCCUCAUCUGCCAGGCAGGAGCCUCAGUAGGUUUUACGCCCUGAAAGAGAUGAAGGUGAUGGGCAGCUGUAUGUGCCAUGGACAUGCUAACCGAUGUCUGCCACAAGGAUACAGCAGUAACCUUGUGCCCAGUACUAUACAGGUGAACGCACAGUGUGACUGCCAGCAUAACACAGCAGGUGUGAACUGUGAGCGCUGUGCUGAUCUCUACAAUGAUUUGCCCUGGAGACCUGCAGAGGAAGGCAACACUCAUGCCUGCAAACGUUGUGAGUGUAACAACCACGCACAGCGCUGCCGGUUUGAUUGGGCGGUGUAUGAGGCCAGUGGACAGAGGAGUGGAGGUGUGUGUGAAAAUUGUAUGCACCACACCACAGGGCCAAAGUGUGACCAGUGCGCUCCAGGAUACCAGCCAAACCCCCGCAGUCGAAUGGAUCGUCCUGAUGCCUGCAUACGCUGUAUCUGCAGUGCCGAGGGGACAGUGAACGGCGGCCGCUGUGAUGACAGCACAGGAUCCUGUCAAUGCAAAGUGAAUGUAGAGGGUCCCCGCUGUGACCGCUGCAAGACAGGAUACUACGGUCUGAGUUCCUCCAACCCUCAGGGCUGCACUAAGUGUUCCUGUUCUCCACACGGCUCCCUCUCAGAUGUCUGUGAUCCGUCGACUGGCCAGUGUCUCUGUCGUCCCCACUUCCACGGCAUUACCUGCAACGUGUGUGUGAAAGGCUACUGGAAGCCAAACAUGUCAGAAACCUGCAAACCCUGCGGCUGUGAUGCCACCAGAUCAACCACUGAUUCCUGUGAUCAGCUGACUGGUCAGUGUCAGUGCAGAUCAGGCUUUGGAGGCCGAACAUGUACAGAAUGCCCUGAUAACACGUACGGAGACCCCCUGAAAGGCUGCCAGCCCUGUGACUGUGAUGCCGAUGGAACCCUCCCAGGAGUUUGUGACAAGCAGUCGGGAGUCUGUUUGUGCCGACCGGGCGUCUCUGGAGCUCGCUGCGACUCCUGCAGUCGUGACCGCUGCGACUCCUUCCCUGACUGUGAGAUGUGUCCCUCCUGCUUCUUCAGCCUAAACGCUCAGCAAAAGAAUCUCAGCUUGGUCCUGUUGAGACUUGCUUCCAGAUUACCGUCUCAGUCUGGAGGCGGCGCUGACUUUGGGCCCCGCAUCAGUGACCUGGAGGCCACUUUGAAAUUCAUCCAGAACUCCAUGUCCUUCUCACCCACCACUGAUACACGUGAUGCUCUUUCUGAGCUGAAGAAGCUCAGGUACCAGGUUGAUAAUGACCUUUCACCCCUGACAAAAACUCCUGGUCUGGACUCUGAGCUGGACAAACUGCAGGACCUGCUGGAAAGCUUCACGCUGGUGUACAAUGCCAAGAAAGAUGCCAUAGAGAACUCUGCCAGUCCCAACAAUAUAGGGGCAUUUAACACCAUCAGAAACGCCAACGAUAACUCGACAGAUGCCACCAAAAAAGUUGAGGCCGGGAAAAAUACCAUAAAGGAAUCAACUGAUGUCCGAGAAAAAACUGAGGACAUUCAGAGCAAAGUACAGCCGGCCAACACCAGAGAUCUGGACAAACUGAACAACAGCAUGGCCUCCCAACCCAACCUCACUCCUGUUGCCAAACAAGUGUGUGGCAGUGUUCACUCCGAGCCCUGCACACCUCUCCAGUGUGAAAUUGGAGAUUUGUGCACACCAGGGGGAGACGCACCCUGUGAAAAGGGGGGAAAGUGUGUGGGUGCUCUGCCUCUGAGCAAGAAGGCAGACGCUGAUGCCAAGGAUGUGAGGGAAGGACUCGACAAGCUCUCUGGGAGGAUCACAGAUGCUGCAGAGAAGCUGCAGAAAACACAGGAGAUAACCAAUCAGGUGAGGCAGUCUACAGAGAAGCUGUCCAGUAAGCUGCAGCAGGCCAGAGAUGAACUCGAAGACGACCUGAAUGAGACACGCAGCGUUGUGAAAGAGCUCAAAGACUUCCUGUCAGACCCAUCCGCUAACCUGACCCAUGUCCAGGAGGUGAGCGACUGGAUCCUGAACGCCAAGCUGCCCCCCAGAUUGGCAGGGCUUAAAGGGAAGCUGCAGGAGCUGAAGGAGCUGACAGCCAAUCUACCAGACAGCACAGCGGUGCUGAAGGAAGCUGAGCCACAGUUAGAUGCAGCCAAGAAACUGCUACAGGAUGCUCAGGAUGCCAGGGACACAGCACUGGGUGUGAAGGCUGAUGUUGAUGGGCUGCUGGCAGGCUUCAGCUCAGUGAGCCCUUCCCUUGCUGAGCUGGAAGACAAAUUGCAAGACAAAAUCGAUGUCAUAGAGACCUUGAAUGAUAACCUUACUAAGGCCAAAGACCAGCUGGUGCCAGCAGAGAAGGCACUGGACGAUGUAGCAAUACUGAUAAAGCCAAUGAAACCCCAGCUGGAUGAGCUGAGAGACCUGCUGCAGGAUGGAGGUCAGCAGGCUGAAGAUGCACGGGAAAAUGCAGAAAAAGCUGAUAAAGAAGCAGCUGCUGGAAAUCAGGACCUGUUGACUUUGGAGAAGCACCUUGACCGUCUCAAAGAGGAAGACAUUCCCAGGACAGAUGGCGAGACGGAGCCAGCGGGGGAUCGACUGAACAAACUGCAGCAGGAUGCUGGAGCUCUGGCUAACAUAACCAAAAACAUGCUGCAGUCUCUAGACGGAAAAGCCGACUCCAUCCAAAGACUGCAGGACGAGAUAGUUCAGAAAUCAACAAAGCUUGAACAGCUCGAUGUCGAUCUUAAAACACUUCUGACACAACUCCGUAAGAAAGCUGACGAUCUCAGUGCCUGCCAGGGCUGA